UUUUUGUUGUUGUUGUUGUUUUCUUUUCUUUUCUCUUUCUUUGGCGCAUUUCAACAGGGAAAAUUCCCUUUUGACUGCCUUGUUGACCCUUUGCUAAUAAAGGGCACUAAAAAUGCGUUGUUUUCAAGUUUUAAUCAAGAUUAGGGAAUUUUUCGGCCACAGCUCUGUCACACUAGAGACCCCUUGUGAUAUAAGAAGAAUUUGCAUAAGGAAUGUUCCCGAGACACCACCCUGGGUAGUGUUCUAAUAGCCGAGACGGGCGUGACAAAACAAGUGGAGCUCGAGACUCUGGUACCCAUGGUAACCGAGACACAGACUUGUAUGCCCUUCUCAAAUAACAAGCUCUCGGUUUCCUGGAAUUGCGCUGUUUACGAGCUUGUGCCACGAUACAGGGAAUUUCCCUUGCUUCUGAUCCGAAUUCCGCUAAAUAGACUGCGCUAUAUCACAUAAACACUGCUCCCUCGUGGUUGUCUUAAAGCACACGCAAAAUUUUCAGACAAGAUGGGGGAUAGAUGGUACAAGUUAAAGAUGCCGUGCCCAGUUAGUUACUGCCCAAACAAAGAAAAGAUGCAAGAGACCUGGGUUUGUUCUAAAGAUGGCACUACCAUGUACGUGUCACAAAAGGGGGUUCUAGAGUGUGCCAGAGGACUUGGGCUGCUACCACACAGUGGCAAGAUCGUCAACUGGAAGUUUGACUGCGGUUAUCGAGGGGCAAAUUCCCCACAUUCCUGUGACACACGGUUCCUUGCCCCCGACAAACAGGGCUUCGCCCACGCCAUGUCGAUUGCUGUGGCACAAAUGGGUUGCGCGGGAGCAACCUGGGUGACUCAGCUUGUAAGAGAAAUAACUGACCAAGGUGCCACGCUUGCAGAUUAGUACAAAGUGCUUAACGUUGUUAAUGUAAUAAAGACACUCUAGAGCUUCA